AUGCCCCGAUGGGGAAGACCACCAGGGGUAUGGCAGGGAAAUCAGGCGCGAAGGAGGGCUGGACAAUGGGAGGAUUUCAAUGGUGUGCGUGUCGAGGAGAUUGACAGUGAGGUGGAUGAUGGUUAUAAUGGUGUGAAGUUUGAUGGAUCGCGGCGGAACGGAAGGAUUGGAAGCAAGGCGAGCGCUCGUGAGUUGCGGCUGAGAAGUAAUGGAUAUGAAUACGAGAGCGAGUUAUCGGAUGGCGCGGAAUUUGAUUUGGAUGACGAUGCGGAUAGCACUGUCGCGUAUGCAGUGCAACUGGCAAUGCGAGACAAGGAAGAAAUGUUGGUCGAGAAGGCGCUGGAGAGGAUAAGACGUGCUCAGAUGCUGGGCAAGAAAAACGUUCGACUUUCUCAAGAAGAGCUGGACGCGUUGGAACGAAGACGAAAGGGAAUCACAAACAACAAGAAAGCUACGGUUACUGUUCCUAUCGGUUCUCCUGGUCGUGCGCCUGCAAACGAUAGACGACCAAAAAGUAGAGAAUCGGUUGCGAAGGCCUCUCCCAGGGCAAGUGGUGCUUCUGAAUCGCGACGAAGCUCACAAAGCCAAUAUUCAACGAAUGAGUUCUCUGGAGUCCCCCUACGUCCGCCAACCGGUAUCUAUCCAUCCAUGAACAAUAGUUCGACCAGUUCAGCAUCUCGUCCAAGAACCCCGACUAUGCAAUCUCUACGCCCGCAGCCUUCCGCUAAUUCUCCCAUGCAUCAAGCGACUUAUAUGCAGCGUUACCCGUCCGAACGUGAGCCGCCUUACGUUCGUGCCCUACCUGAUGAUCCGCAAUGGGCACCUCGGCAACGCUCCCAGUCUAAUGUAUUGCCGUAUCCAUAUGACAACCCUGUAUAUCUGCAACAGCAAUACGGAACGAUUCCUAUUGAUCCCCGCUACGCUAGCCUUCCGAGCCGUCGACCGGUUCCCUCGGAUGCAUCUUCUUUUAAUCCCAACCAUGCACAUACAGCUGCUAGUCAGAACAUUCCUCGCCGAGAAGCAGUCAACUCGACAGGUCGUCGCAUUCCCGAUGAAGUUUCCGAAUCUGAAGACGACUCUAGCGACGACCACGCCAGCGAAAACGACGACGACGACGACGAAGAUGAUGACGACGACGAUGAGGGAGUGCAAGUUACACAGCCACCCGCUGUUCGCGCGUAUGGAGGGCGCACGGCAGUGGCUGGCGGGGGUUCCGGUGGGAACCGCGAAACUCGUCGGCGGCGUGGUCGGUAA